UCGGUUAAGCGCGGCUGGUGUUUCGCUCUCGACAGCAGCGCAUCGACUGACCGUCGACAAUGCGGCUACUGCCCGACUACAUUACGGGAAAGGGUGACUUCAGCCACUCCAAAAACUCCUAGAGACACGCGGGGAAAUACCGUUCGCCGGAUUCGGAUGCCCGGAGCCAGUCCACCCGCCAGAGUCGAGCCGUAUCACAUGCACAGCGGUUGCCGGGUUUUUGACAAAUCGAACGCUCCCGGCGCCGUGUUUUGUUGUUGUUUUUCAGCGGCGUAUCGUGUUUGGCCUGUCAAAGCGUGUGACUUUUUCACUCGAACGACGAGACCGGAUUAACAGGGAUGCACAUGACUAAAAAGACGAGGAACACAAUGAAACCACCGUCGCAGGCUCAGUCAUCUCCUGUAAGCAGCCUACUAUUUGAAGGUGUUUACAACAACGCUCGGAUGCUUCAUUUCCUCACAGCGGUCGUGGGUUCCACUUGUGAUGUGAGAGUGAAAAAUGGCACCGUGUAUGAGGGAAUCUUCAAGACUCUGAGCGCACAGUGCGAGCUGGCUGUGGACGCUGUUCAUAAACGGAGUGAUGGAGAUGGAGGUGGUGGAGGUGAGGAGGGAGGAGGAGGAGGAGGAGGAGGAGGAGGAGGAGGAGGAGGAGGAGGAAGCCAGUCCCCUGCGCCCAAAAUUGAGGAUAUCACUGACACCAUGAUCUUCAGCCCGACUGACCUGGUCACCAUGACCUGCCGGGAUGUUGAUCUAAACUUUGCCAUCAGAGACGCGUUCACCGACACGGCCAUCAGCUCGUCGCGGGUGAACGGGGAGCACAGGGAGAAGGUGCUGCAGAGGUGGGACGGGGAUGGAAACGGCGAAAACUUUGAGCUGGAGUCAGACACAUCAAACGGCUGGGAUGCCAACGAGAUGUUCAAGUUUAACGAGGAGGCAUACGGCAUCAAGUCCACCUAUGACUCCAGCCUCGCCAUGUACACCGUGCCUUUGGAGAGGGGGAACUCGGAGCUUUACCGGCAGCGUGAAGCGCGAGCGGCUCGGUUGGCCAGCGAGAUCGAGGGCAGCCUGCAGUCCCGCCGGCGGGUUUCUUUAGAGAACGAAGAGGGCAGGAGCGAGGAGGACAAAUACAGCUCUGUGGUCCGAGAGAGGGAGGACAGGGCCAGCCCUGGAUUCUCCUCCACCGGCAGGGAAGGUAAAUACAUUCCUCGGGCUCGAGAGAUCGGCCUGUCUGCCGGCGGCGCGAGGGCCGCAGCCUCCAGUCGAACCGCAGCACCGACCUCCUCCAGGCACCCGCCGCCCAGCUCCUCCUCACCCAAACCGACGUCUGAUAGGAGCAGCCCACUGUCCGUGAGAACCGCCUACUCUCCUCACCAAUCGCAGAGCAGCCCGCCCGCGGCCAGCAGCCCGCCCUGCACCGGUCUCGUUCUCCCACACUCCCUCUCGCAUCCACAGGCGCUGGCGGACACGACCCGCUCGCCUGUUAACGGAGUUGCGUUGAGAACUUCCCCAAAAUCCCAGAGACUUCAGAGCAACAGACACCUGCGGACCCCAAACUCCCAGUCCUCCCCUGCAGUUUCUCGUGCUCCAAAACCAGACGCCCCUCCCCAGGACCUCCCCCUGGUGGGCCCCACCUGCCUGGACUCUUCCCCCUCCACUGUCCCCAUGGCAACCAAAACCACCGCCACCACCAAACCCUCCGGCCCCACCCCGCUCUUCCCUGUCGACGUGAACGAAAUCCUAAGUUCAGCGGCUAAAGAGCGAGCUGAGAAUCUGUCCAGUCCGCAGGAAGGCAAGAGCAGCAAAGCUCCAUCGGUUCAGCAGAGAUCUCAGCUGGAGGAGCUCCGCAAGUUUGGGAAAGAGUUCAGGCUGCAGCCUACCUCCUCUCCUUCAGCGAGCCCGGCAUCUGCAGAUCCACCUCAGCACAGCUCUGCCCUUCCUCCCGACUCCGCUUCCUCCUCCUCAUCCUCCCCCAGCCCCCCUAAACCUGCCACCUCCCUCGCCCCCUCUGCUCAAGAUCUGCAGCAGACCACAGAGGCGGCUCCCCCCAACGCCGCACCUGCCGCUCCGACCCCUCCUGCACCACCUGGCCCCCAGUCCUCAGGGCCAGAGGGGGCCCAGCCUGGGACGCCCCAACCGACCCCGACCCCCGGCAGCGGUGAGGAGCCCUGUACAGAAAGCAGUGAGCGAACAGAGGCUGUGUCAGUAGCCGCAGCGCAAGUGAAAAACUCAACGCUGAAUCCAAACGCGAAAGAAUUUCUUCCCGUAAAAGGAAACUCAGCAGCGAAGCCUGCACCGACCCCCACUCCUCCUCGACCCACCCCUCCCAGCCCCUCCGUGAUGCUGCCUCCUCCAGGACAGCAAGGAGGGGGGGCCAUCUACAGCAGCCCGCCUGGACACUACCUGUCCUACGUCUCCCCCAUCCCCAUCCAAGGACACUCCAUCCAGGCUGCUCAGAUGUAUCAGUACACGAUGUCGACUGUUAACCAGGGCAAAUACCCCAGAGCCAAAGGCCCAGUGGUGGGACCCCGCCCAGAUCACCACACCUCCCCAGCCUCCCCCAUGAUCUCAGCUGCAGCCUCCGCAGCUGGACCCCCGCUGGUGGCUUCGCCUUACCCCCUGUCCUACCUGCAGUACGGUCAGGUGAUCCAGACCAUGCCCCCACACUAUCACGGACAGACAGUUUACUCGAUGCUGCAGGGGGGUGCAAGGAUGCUGACAUCCGGGUCCCCUCAUCAGCCGAUGGGUCCUGGCCCCCAGUACCCCGGCCAGGCUGAGGGCCCACCAGGACCACAACAAGCCAUGUAUGCUCCUCAGUCGUUCUCUCACCACUCGGGCUCCAUCCAUCCUCCGCAGCCCUCAAGCACCCCCACCGGGAAUCAACCCCCACCCCAGCACACAGCACCCAGUCCAGGACACUCUCAGUCGAGUCAGGGCGGUCAUCAGCCUCAGUCCCUGUUCCACGCCGGAGGUCUCUCGGCUCCCGCUCCUCCUAACCUGCCGCCGGGCCACAGCUCCCCGCAGGCCUCCUACGCCAUGCAGGGAUACAGCCUCCCCACCCAUCAGCCGCUGCCUCACGGCUUCCCGUCAAUCGGCCAGCUCGCACAGGCUCACGUCGCAGGACCUCACCACUCUGCCGGCCACGGGCCCCCGCCGGUCGUGCUGCACUACACCGCCCCUCAGCAGGGCGGCGGCUCCAACCCCCAGCACGGCCCGCCGCCCCAACAGGGAGCACCGCAGCACUUCUACAUCGGGCCACCCCAGGCUGUUCAGGUUCAGGCUCACCCCACCCAGCAGCUGUCCUUCCAUCCCUCUGCAAACUGAACUGUCCUCAUCACAGCUGGAUUCAGGAGUGAGGACGGCAGCGUGACCGCGUGACGAAACCCCAACAUCCCAAAACGACUCAUAACAUUCCCACCUCCCGACGUCGAUCUUAUUACGUCCCUGUUUUUACCCGUGUCUUUUAGAAAAGCAGAGAAUGGACAGAAACGUCUUUCAGGAGAAAGUUUUCUGGAUUUUCAUAUGUAAGUACAGACAGUUUUCACACAGGGACACGAGACUGGACUGAAGACAUAAACCGAUGGAAAGUUUUGGACUGAUGACAGUGGAAACAUUGUCUUUUCUCCCCAUCCCACCUCUGUCCUUUUACAGACGAAACCAGUUCAUUAAUAAUAAAACCACUGGGAAAAAACAAACAAACAACUUUUCAGUUCAGUCUCCGGCAGUUUUUGUAACACGCCACAAGCUACGGGCGACUUAAAGCUGAGAUAACUUGUGCUCUGGUGGUGGGUAGUGAGGCUCUGAGUUUUCGAGUCAGUCUCUCUUCAGAUUCCUUUAAAACACCACAACAACAACUUUGACAGAGCGAUCAUUAGUGGCUUUGAUUUUCUUAGCGUAGUUCAAUGGGAUCUGACGGCUGGACGAUGGGGAAAAAACAUCAGAGCAACAGUUCAACAUUUUGGGAAAUUCGCUUAUUUGCUUUCUUUUCUGAGCGUGAGAUCAAAACGCGGAUGUCGAUCUUAGGGUCUGGGUCACCUCUGAAGCUGAGUAAUUAACAUGAAAUUUAAAAUGAAAAGUAGAAAGAAAUAGUUCCAGUCACCUCCGGUGCCGACUGGUGUCCGACAAGACUUAGUUCUGGUCACUGAAUUGACCCCGGCUUGACAAGACGCAGACUUGUUGAACGCGGAAUAGUUUCAUCACAUAACUUCCCCCUAAGACCAGAAACGGUUGUUUUUACAUGUCUGUUUGUGCACAGGUUAAAGAAAGGAGAUGUAACGUGUUAAUCAGCCAGUUCCGCUGCUUCCUGCCUGCUGUCAGUCUUUACGCUAAGCUAAGCUAAGCUAAGCAGCUCCUGGCUUUUGCUCCGUGUUUCAGGCACAGAAACGGCCUCAAUCUUCUCAUCUAACUCUCAGCAAGGAAGCAAAUGUACCAGAAUGUCUGUUUCGUUAUUUAGUUA